AUGUCCGCGAGAAACCCAACCCCUCAAGACGACGAGAGCAAAGGAAAAGACAUCCCGUCCAUCCUCCCUCUCGCCCCUGGAGGCGUGUACGCGGUCAAGUGGGAAACGCGGAUGAAACGCGCGGAAAAGUUGGCGAUUACUCCACUUCCUGAUUAUCGAAAUCCGUUCGGUGAGGCAAAAGCGGAAAAUCCAAUCGCGUUUUUCGACAUCGUCGCGGGUGGGUAUUACUUAGGUCGAGUGGAAGUUGAAGUCAAGCGAGACCUGUGUCCAAUCACGGCGGAGAAUUUCUUGAAGUUAGUCGAGUAUAAGUGUUACGCCGGAACGAAGUUCAAAGUGUAUCCUGGAAAUUGGCUCGUCGGUGGGGACAUCUCGGACUUGGACGAAGUCGUCUGGGACGCCAACGAUCCGGAGUUUUUCAACUAUCCGGAGCUGCUGCCGGAAGUUCGAGCCGGUGGACAGUCGAUAUACGAGGAUGCAUUGUUUAAGGAUGAGAAUUUUGAUCUGAAGCACGACGGGCCGGGGGUGUUGACCAUGUAUAACGACGACGAACCAGACGCGAACGGGAGCCGCUUUAUGAUUACGUUCGAUACGAAGAAUAAAGAAUUGGACGGGAAGCACGUGGCGUUCGGGCAAGUCGUGAGUGGAUUUGAUUUAUUGUAUUCUUUGCAAAAGUUAGGUGAUGCGAGACAAGAAGGGGAUACGUUUCAGAGGGUGACGAUUGAGAAGUGCGGGAUUAAGAGUACCGGUAGCAACGCUGUGGCGGCGAUGGCACAACAACAACAACAACAACAACAGCAACAACAACGACAACAAGGGGUGACAACGGCAGCAAGAGCGAUGAGUAGAAAAGCAAACGGUAGAAAACACGCGUUACGACGGACUCGUUUCGUCCCACCGCCUUUCAUUCGCGCUUGCUCACUCGCCUCGUCGUCUUCCGUGAUGCGAAUGUUUUGA